GUUAAAGUGUUAUAAAUAUGAUGAGAAGAGGAGAAGGGAAUAGGAAUUAGGAAAGCAGAUUGGAAGAUGAUUGAUUCGAGAUUCGAGAUUUGAGAUUUGAGAUUUGAGAGAGGCGUCGUCGGAGUUCCCCGCUCUGUUUGAUUCCAUUUAAGACAGAGAUGUCAUCGUAUGAAAAUGUUGUUGGUGGAAAAUUGAAGCUCAAGGGAAAGGCACUUGAUGUGAAGGCUGGCGGAGUGAAGAAGAAGAAAAAGAAGAACAAAAGAGAUCAUGAGAAUCAGAUUUUGCAGACUACCGAAGAUGAUAUUUCAGCAGGUGGGAGCACAGAGCAAUCCUUGGGUACGGAUGAUCAAAAUGCAAACGAUGAGGGCAAACUGAGUGGGGAAGGGAAGGCUGCUCACUAUGAUGAUCAUCUGACACCAGCAGAGAAACGAUACAUAGAACAGAGGGAGCAACUUGAUGUUCAUAGGUUGGCCAAGAUCGCCAACAAAUCUCACCGCGAUAGGAUUCAGGAUUUCAACCAAUAUCUUGCAAACAUGAGCGAGCAUUAUGAUAUUCCUAAAGUUGGUCCCGGAUAGUAUGAAGGCCAACAACCCCUAUUGUUUAGUAUUGAUACCAUGUGUUGUGUGUGUACUAUCGUUACAGAACCAUGUUUAUCUCGCUUAAGCGGUAUUUCAGAUGAUAUACUUCGGUUUCUUGCCUUUUAAUGGAGUAGUAAUGAUAUUGCCUUCGAUGAAA